AUGUCGGAAAGUGGGGUUUCGCGACGUAACGAGAGUGAAGUUGACAACGACGAGUUGAGAGGAAAUCGUGGAGGCUCGGCCGGCUCGAUUUCUGCCCCGUCUGUGAAGAAAGGGAAAGGGGGACGUAAAGUUAUGUUUCCUUCGGCAGAAGAGAAGAAGCAACGCAACCGAGACUCUCAAGCAGCUUUUCGAGAACGUCGAAAGGAACAUAUUUCUGAGCUGGAGAAUAUUGUCCAAGAGCAGAAGGAGAAGUUACAGGAGUUGAAGAAUGCACAGGCUUCCGCGAAGGAAGAGGUCUUGAUCUUGAAAUACAAGAACUCUCUCCUGGAGAGGAUAUUGCUUGAACAGGGAAUCGAUGUCAAUGCCGAGUUGAACAAUAUCUUGGUCUUUCCACCACAGCUCCCUGAGAAGCGUGUUCAUAGAGAGAGAGUUCUUUUAAGACCGGAUGCCGAGGCCGUGGCGUCCAAAAAAGCUGUUGCUAUGAAUUCUUCACCAAAGACAACAUCUGAAUGCUGCCAUUGUUCCUCGUCUCGACCUCAAUCCAGUCCCGUAUCACAGUCUACCACUCCAUCUACGCUAGCUGACUCGAUUUCUGCUACAACCGAUGAUGGACCUCGCAAGCGAGUAAGACAUCACAACAACACAGACACCAGAGCCCAUAAGCACCAGAAAGUAUGUACGCCACCGCUCCACAAAUACCGAGCACCACGUCGUUACCAAGAUACGAAUUAUCCCGGCAAGUACUUCCCACGACCCAGCCCACAAUACCCCUGA